AUGGGUGUAAUAUGUUCAACAUCAUCAAAUCACGGUGGAGACCACUCUGCCAUAGGUGGUCCCUCUCAACGUUAUCCUGAUGGUACUCCCGUAAAGUCUGGGAAAAAACCAUCACGGCAAUCAUCAUCCGCACCUCCACGGCGGCUGAGUGCGCAGCAGACGCAGACACUCGCGUCGUCUAAACCGAAGACGACGACGACGACGAAUGCUACUCAACAACCCACCACCCCUUCACGUAUGCAGUCUGUGCGUAUCGCGAGUCCGAACCAGUCAACUCCGACUCCUCAGAGAAGCGCAUCAGCCAGGCAGCAACCCUCAGCCCCAGCCCCACCGCCACACACUCAACAACCCACUCCCACUCCUACUCCCGCACGUACGCAGACCGUACGUCUUCCAAAUCUAAACCAAUCAACUCCUCCACAAAGAAGCACAUCGACGAGGCAGCACGCUCACACUAGUCAGACUGUGGCUGCAUCAACUCCACAACCGUCAAAGCCCACACCUCCACUCCCGCCACCACAACAAUCAUCACUACUAGGUCGGAAGCUAUCUACAGCCGUGACGGCGCUCGGCGGAGGUGGUGGUGGUGGAGGUAGUGGUUCACCACAAAAGCAACAAGAUCCUCGGAAGGCCGCCGCUGAAGCAGCAGAAGCACGAGCCAAAGCGAAUGAACAACGAGGCGUCACUGUGUCGAACCCAAAGAGUGGUCAACUAGCCGCCAAACUAGCCGCUCAAAAUAAAUCAAAGUUGAUACCUUCACCUACCAAAGAACCCGAACAAUUAGUGGUGAGUAGUCAAUGA